GGGUCGUUGGAGUGGUGGACGGGUAUCGAAGAUGGCGGGAAUGAAAACAAAAACUCCACUGGCCCACCUCCCCCGAUUACGGGAGACCGGGACAGCAAAAUGAUUGCCCCUUCGGAUUGUGGCCCGCGAUGGAAGGAAUCGCUUCCAUUGCAAUUGCAACCGGACCCAUCAUUAUCAUCGAAUGCCAUUCCAUGUGUGUGUGCGUGGGAAUAGUGUGUAGGGCUGAUAAGGCUGGCAUCAAAACAGGAACACACACACGCACACAAAGGGCGGUUCGAUCGUAGCGAUCAUCCGGCAAACUACCCGGUACGAUGAGGACACACUAUGCCGGACAAUUAUCCUCCCAAGCUGGAAGCUUUGUCAUUUACACAGUUGCCUGGCAAUGAAACGAGGAAUCAGGAAGCGGGAUAGAUGGACCGACCGCCGUUCCUUCCCUGUCAACUCUACAAGCGCAAGCGAAAUGAUGAUCUUCGUAGAUGAAAUUACGUCGACCGCAGUUGGUAGCGGAAGAGUAGUCGUCAGCCUGCACGGAUACCGCAUCACAGGCGCGUUUGUUUGAAUAGCGUUUUUUUGCCCCCCCUCCUUGUCAAUCGCCCCAUCCCUUCCUUGAUCUGUCCUACUCACUCUUUUCGUUUUGCUGUAAGUAAAUUGCUGUCUGGAUGGCGUCGUUGGCGUGUUUGCGCCGUGCUGCGUGACUCUAACAGGGGGUUGUGUUUUUGCCACCGCAAAACACACAAUUACGCCAACUCAGCGCAACAGCAGCGCAAAAACAGCAGCAAAAUAUGACUGCGGAGAACGCAAGCCGGGCGCGAACAGAACGUGUAGUACUUGGCUGACGUUACUUACGUGCGUUUUUGACCAUAUAGACUUAGGUGUAGACACGACACGAAUGUUUUGGCCUGGAUGAAAAGAGAGAGAAAAAAAAGGAAACACUUUUUAAUAAGUGAUCGUGUGUCAUAUUUUUGUACAAAUUCCUCUAUCUCUAGAGACAUAUUUAAGAUAGGGCCCCAUGCUCCUCUUGGGCUUUAAACUCUGAAAGCACACGAGAAUGCCAGAAACACACAUACACACUAUUUCUGUUGGCAUUGUGUGAAGUGGGGUGAAGGGUUUGUGAUACCGCCUGGAGCCGAUAAUUAUCGAUAGAGAGUCACCGUCACCGCCACGGUCAUUGCUACCGGGCGGUGGGAUUAGUAGCCCACCACCAGGCUUUAAUUCCUGCUGCGCGAGCGCGCCUUCUUCUUUGCGCACAGGUGACAAAACGCCGCGGAAGAAAACAUCAAGUGCUCCCUUUGGGGGAGGGGGUGUGAGGAGGCGUGUGGGUGCGUGUGUGUGUCAGGGGGAGGAUUUAUGAUGCGUCUGAUUAACUGCACCCGAAGGCACGGAAUGAGUUUUUUUCCGAAGACAAGCCCCGCAGUAACUUCGCUCGUAGAUUGCGGAAAUACAACAUUUACCACCCUGUAUGAGUUCGUGACAGAGAGAAGAGGGUGAUGGUGGCGCGCUAACAUUAACGAUCACUGCUCAAUUUUCCAAUGAAACGCGAAUGAAAUCACACGCCUUCGCGGCACGAUCGCGCGUCGUACUUUGUUAGAAGGAAGAGAGAGAACGAGAGAGCUGCCGUCUCUAGCAGUCGUCGAGUGAGAGAGAGGACGGCCAAGAUCCGCGAAGAUCACGUUCUUUGAUUGUCUUUUGUCAAUUGAGGCAAAAAUAAAAUAAAAGCAGCCAUUGGCUGGUUGCUCUCGAGAUGUGUUUGCUUCGUCACCAUAGCCGCCACACACUUGCACAGAGAUCAUCCCUCCCCUGUAUCUGCGUGGGCUUUAUCCGCGCCUGCUGGCCGGUGGUGGCCUGGGCAGAGCGUGAAGAUGUCUUGCGGUUUGACGAACAGUUGCUUAAAGCUCCUCCGCUAGCGUGUGGCUGUGCAAUUGUUCUGUUUGUCUUAUGCCCCCCUCCCCCGCACCCCCACCCACCACAUUUAACAUCCUUCGCUACACAAGGUUAAACGUCCCCAUUAUGUAAACGAUAAUGUUUGGGCACUUUAGAGAAGCACCACAGAGGGGGGGAAGAUAAGAAGAAGACAAGAAAAAAGCACCAUACGCACACAAGAUUGACCAAUUAAAAAAAAACACACACACACACACACACACACACACACACACACACACUUUUGCGUCCAUCUUAAGGUCCAGGCAAACCUGCCGGGACGGGGGAUGGGAGUAAAUAACACACACACACACACACACACACACACACACACACACACACACACACACACACACACACACAAAGAUAAGAGAUAAGACCGAAGCUUCUCACGGCUGCCACGGGCCAACCAAUCACUCUUCCCCUCCCUCCCGGUCGCUGUGGAAAAGAUGAGGCUGAAAGAAGCUCGAGAUAUUGGUAGGUGAUGGAAGAAGAGUGGCAGUUCCUGGCAGCAACGAAAAAAGCACAAGCCAUCGCCGCGUAAUCGCUCAGUACAGUGCCGAGCGUCGCGGCUGCUGAUUAACGCGUCGUCGAUUUUCUCGGUCGUCCGAUUCCGACCCACCGAAGUAUUGAUCCCGCCCGUGUGGUAUUUUCCAUCCACCGCAGCCACCGACCGUCGCACAGGAUCUCGCAGCGUGUGUUGGUGUGUGUGUGUGUGUGUGUGUGUGUGUCUCUGUGUUGGAGAGGGUUGGUUCUGUCGCGGGGUAGCGAGAAACGGGGCGCGUAGCCGGACGGCAAAUCAUCGCUCACCACACACACCCCGCGCGCCCCAAUGUGUCGCGCACAUAAUCUCUAGGCGGCCAGACAGCAUCGCGUAUCCGCGUACGAACACUAACGCGAAGUGAGAGCACGACGACGACGACGACGACGACGACGACGGCGCUGCUGCUGCUGUUGCACCCAGCACGAGGCUACGACGGCCGCAGACGAUCGUGCGCGCUCCGAACCGUCGAACCGUCCUCGCACGCGCGCGUUCGGUGUCUGUGGUAGUAGUCCCCGUCCCGGCCCGGCAUGAUGAUGCAGUUUUUGCCUCUUACAGAAUGUGUACCACUGCUCGCGAGCCAAUAUGCUGCAACGACCAAAAUGUCUAACGCCGGAAUAGAGUACAGCGAGCUGAACGACCGAACGAAAGGAAGCCACGACAGCCCGAGCCAUACGUCCGAUACGGCGUAUGAAUCAUGCCUGAGCCCCCUGCAGCCGAACGAUAGCGGCAGCUUCAGCGCAAUCAACGUGUGCGCUAUCUGCUGCGAUCGUGCGACGGGCAAACACUACGGUGCCGCCUCGUGCGAUGGAUGUAAGGGCUUUUUCCGCCGGAGCGUAAGGAAAAACCAUACCUACUCCUGCAGAUUCUCACGCAACUGCGUGGUGGACAAAGACAAGCGCAACCAGUGUCGGUACUGUAGGCUGAAGAAAUGCUUCAAAGCGGGCAUGAAAAAAGAGGCGGUCCAGAACGAGCGGGACCGCAUCAGCUGCCGCAAGCCGAGCACGGACGAUAAGAACACCAUCAACGGGCUGUCGGUGAAGUUUCUGCUGCGGGCGGAAAACUUUAGCCGCCACUUCGGCGCGGCGCUGGACGAAACGAACGACGCGGAGGAGGCCGACCUGUCGUCGAAGCGGUUCGCCAGCAUCAACGACGUGUGCGACUCGAUGAAGCAGCAGCUGCUGAUACUGGUCGAGUGGGCCAAAUCGAUACCGGCCUUCGCCGAGCUGCAGCUGGACGAUCAGGUCGCGCUGCUGCGGGCGCACGCGGGCGAGCAUCUGCUGCUCGGGCUGUCCCGCCGGUCGAUGCACCUGCAGGACAUGCUGCUGCUCGGGAACAACUGCAUCAUCACCAAGCAGUGCCCGGAUGCGAACAUGUCGCCCAAUCUGGACAUCUCCCGCAUCGGGGCCCGCAUCAUCGACGAGCUCGUCAGUGCCAUGAAGGAGAUACAGAUCGACGAUUCCGAGCUGGCGUGCAUCAAGGCGCUGGUAUUCUUCGAUCCAAGUGCGAAAGGAUUGAACGAACCUGCCAAGAUCAAAUCGCUCAGGCAUCAGGUGCUAAACAACCUCGAGGACUACAUCUCGGACAAGCUGUACGAUUCGAGAGGAAGGUUCGGAGAGAUUCUGCUGCUACUGCCAGUGCUCCAAUCGAUCACGUGGCAGAUGAUACAGCAAAUCGAGCUUGCCAAAAUGUUCGGCGUCGCGCACAUCGAUAGCUUGCUGCAGGAAAUGUUGCUCGGAGGCGACACUAUCGAUACCUCGUCGACGAUCACCUCACCGAUAAACAUGAUGAACACCAACAACAGCCCAUCCGAUUCGUGUGAUACGACGCACCUCGCGCCAUCGAUCGGGGGCCCACCGGUGGACCACGAGGGGGCCGACCCGCUAGUACAAAUGUCAUCGCUGAACGGACCGCCCGGCUACGGUGGCGAUCCGGACGGUCUGCUCAUGGACACGGUACCGAGCGCCAACAGCUACUGUACGCGCAAAGCGCCCGAUCAGACCACACCGCCGGAUGCGCUCAAUGGGCAGCUGCACGGUCCAAGGAAUGGUGGUGGUGGUAGUGGUACCGUACCUGCAGACGUCGGAUACAUGCAGCAGCAACAGCAGCAUCAACAAAACCAUCAAGUACAAGCGCAGCAGCAGCAGCGUCAUGUUACGGGCAGCUCGGCGGAUGGCACCGUUACGGUAGCGGACAUAUACUUCCAUGCGCCCACGAGUGUCCACGACCCGUCGUCGUCGCUGCAACUGGACAGCGACGUCGCAAUGUUCAACAACAACAAUCUAAGCUGCUGCCCGGGCGAGAUGACGCACGCGCCCGACAAGGGCUGCGAGAUGGUCAAGAUCGAGACGAAGCGCGAGCCGGAAAAUGCCUAAUUCCAAAACCCACCCACAUCCCUCUUGCCAUUCGCAACUAUGUGCGUGAAUGUGUGUGUGUGCGUGUGUGUGAGAGAGAGAGACAGAGUGUAUGUGCUGAUAGUAUAACCAUUUUGGAGGGAAAUGAAAGCAAACCAGAGAAUGGUUGGGGGUUAAUGUGCAAUUGUAAGCAGAAGGCUAGAGCAGAACCAAGAUAGUGCAGCAGCAGCAGCAGCAAGAUUGAUAUUCACGACGACGGGGCACGAGAAGCGAGCAAACCGUUUAGGAAAGGGUUUUUUUGUUUGUUUGUUUUGAAUUGCGUUGAUCGUGUGUGUGCGUGUUUUUUUUUACAUUAUACUCCCCGUUUUGUUGCGGCAGGUUUUUGUUUUGUUUUUGUUUGGUUAGAUUUCCUUACGGUACGGUUAUGGGGCGGGUGACAAAGCGGUGACAGGGCGCUAGGUUUUUCUUCACGAUCGUCGCCGGUCGCUCUCGCGAUCGGUUGCGAUGUGACUGCAAUACUGGUUGGUACUGAGCUUUCUGUUUUGGGUUUUCUUUCAAUGAAAAUGUUCAACGAAUGACUGGAGUAGGCAAGAAACAAACAAAAAAGCAAACACGCCCGUGUUUAAAGCUACAUAAGUAUAAUGAUACUAGGCUAGUUAAGUAACCAAGUCAAAGUCAGACUCAUUCUGUUAGGUAGGUUUUUUUCUUUUUUUUUUUCUCUCUCUCUCUCCUGUACAUAGAUUUACAACCGGUGGUGUGUGCACAUUCGGGAAGGUGAUUGUUAUACUCUUUGCGUAGUUUAGGUAUCUCCCAUCCCCACCCAAUCCUUACCUCCCUUAUCAUUCAUCCCUUUCGCGCUACGGGAUAGCGUGUGUUGGCCGUUUUUUUCCCUCUCGCAUCGCCCGAGCUAAGGAAACGUGUUCUAUAUACUACGACUUUGUUAUACUUCUUCUGUUUUCUGGGACGCAAAAGUGCAAAUAAAAAAAACGACUGUUA